AUGCCCAAAGAAUAUUACAAGUUUUGCCUUUCGAAACUGAAGCAUCUUCCAGUAGAUUCAAUAUACGAUAAGGACGGCAACUGUUUGGACUUUUUCCCCAACAUUCGAAUCGUUCGGACUCAACAAAAGAAGGUUCAGCUACUGUACAAAAAAUAUCCCUUUACCAAAAGCAACAAUCACGGAGACACCAUAUACUGGCACUGCCGGAGCCGUCGACAUGGAAGAAGUCCAUGCAAAGCUCGAUUUAUGUCGAUUAAGCUCAAGAACGGGCGGUACAAGGUUUUCCUGUCCCAGCCGGAGCACAACCAUCCGCCUACGAAGCGUCGCUUUAUGAUGAACUAUUAGAUUUUAAGCUGAGCGA